AGUUUAAUCAUUUGUUUCAGUUUUUAAAGGAAAUAUAAAUUUUUAGGUCAAAUAAUUUUUCAGUAUUUCUAGAUUUAUAUCCCCGUUGUAUAUUUCUACUGUGUACAUCUACUCUACAUUUGUGUUUAUUUUCUGGAAUAUAGGUAGCUAGUGCAACAUUACAGAUUCUACAGUCUUUUUUACGUACCUGAUUUAUCACUUUAUAAUGGUCCUCACAACAGCAAAAUGCUCAGGAAAAACUUUUUAAACUGCUCAACAUCGUCUUUUGCCGCCCUAAAAAUUUACUUCCCUUCAUGUUAUAAAAUAACCCUGCAGCCGUUUCCCAAUAGUUUGUAUUAGAUCGUUUACCUUUACACCCAUUUUCAACCACUUGCGUGACCGAAACGGAGCACGUGUCAACAAUAAAUUAAUUAUAAAUAUUGAUUCUGCUUUACUAUGUACACUAAACGAACUAUAAAACCUUAAUUAUUAUGCAAAACGUGUAUUUUCCCAUUAACUUAAGGGCAUUUUAGGACAAUUAGAAUAGUGAAGUAACAUUAAUUGGACAAAAAAGUGGUAAAGGUUUAGUUUUUAUUAAAUAAUUCAGUGAAACAAAGGGGCUGAUGGUUGUUAAGGUGUUGCUACGGCAACAUGUAUACAAUACAACAGUGGAACGAAGAGGUACAAAAGUUCUUGACCGUCCGGUGCUUUCCGUAGACCAGGUUCGAAAGUCGGGCAGUGUACUCGACGAGAAUGGUAAAGGUAGACAUGGAUCCUGGUAUCGUGUGCUUUCAGCAUUGUGGUCCUAAAGUUUUUUGCUUUUCCUUGCCAGAACACUGCCCAGUUUGCUCUGCGGAUCUUGCAGAUGCCCGCUUUUCUCUUUUACCUUUUAGAGUUCCUUAUCCUUUUGUCAGAGCGUCUCAAUAUUCAUGUGCUGUUGUAAUCAAGCCAACAACAGGGGACUUCUUAAAUGAUUAUUACAAUUCGAUGGAUCUCCACAUAGGUGUAACGACUUCUUCGGGGACUAUAGUUGAAUUCGACAAAAAUGGAUUGCGACGACAUCACAAUGAUCAGUGGAAUCAAUGUCUUUUACUGGAUCAAGCAACUCCUCCAUGGCGAGAACAUUGGGAUAAUACACUAAUGCAAAUUUGUAAACAGAAACACUGGUCCUCUAGGAAUUAUAGUGAAGACCGACAUAAUUGCUAUACUUUUGUAUUAAAUUUUUUGAAGAUGCUAAAUUAUGGCAAUCUUAGCAAUGCUGCCUCAAACAAGACAUCUUUUUGUGAGAAGUUUAUUAUACCAAGAACUACAUCUGCGGGGAAGUACAUAUCUCUUUACAGGAAACUAAAAGAUACCGGAUGCUAUGUGCAUAAAGGUGGUAGUAAUAAAUGAAACUGAUACUUUAAAUUUGUGAUUGUAAAUAUAUUUUUAUAAUAAAUAGUGGUUUUAUAUAUUUUAA